AAUACUCUCUCUCGGUAUCAAGAUUAAACCGGUUUUUUUACCACCUGGACCGCUUCUUUUACAUAAAAUCCACGAACCGUAGCCCCUUUAUCUUUCAUCGUCAUCCCCUUCCGAUUCGAUCCCAAGCAGGUUGACCUAAAUUUGUUUCCAGAUUUCCCCAAAUUUCUUAUCAUAAUCGUUGAAUCGGUUGUCCGUUUGUUUGAAUUCGAACCUCCGCUAUCGAUUAAUCCCAAAUUCAACCCAAUCCGUUGGCCUCGCACAAUUCUAGGGUUUCGACUCUGAAUCGGCCCCUUUCGCCUCGUAAUAUUCCAAUCCCUCUUGUUUAUUGGAUCUAUUUUCUGUCUUCUUGCUUUGCCCUCUCGAAUUUGCUCCUAAUUUUGUAUAUUUUUUCGGCCGCGUCGAAUUUCUAGGGUUUCGUAGAGUUCGUCUCAUUAGGGUUUGUUCUUUGUGUAAUUUCUGUUAGGGGUUUUGUUCGCCUCACCUAUCUGUCGCUAUUUCGUGCAUAUUUUUGUCAAUAAUUUCACGAUUUCACUUGUCAAUUGCAAUUUCUAGGGUUAGGGUUUCUAAAAAAAAUCACCUUCUUUAUUUGGUAAAAUUGGAUUAGGGUUACGGUUCCUAAGGCCGAUAAAUCUGUUUCUGUUCAUAAUUCAGCGUUCAAUUGUAUUACUUAAGCCGUCUACUGUUCCUCCGAAGAAUUAGUAGAGGUUAAUAUGGGAUUCAAAAGACCCUUUGAUGAUGUCGAGUUCCAGGAGCUUCCUUAUAAGCACUCAAGACAGCAUGAAUUCGGUGAUAGACGCUCACCAUUUUCUGAUGCUGUUUCUUGUAAUGGUGCUCCCCGAAAAACUUGUGUUUCAGGGGAGAAUCGGAAUGGUGAUUGCAAAUCUCAGUGGCGUGACGUUCUUGAAAAAUAUAGUGUUGCUGAAGUUUCAACAUCUGUCAACAAGGGUUGUGCUUCCUUCUCAUUGGUAACUAGGAGUUGUGGUGAAGAAGAUGUGCGGUCUGGACCAGAUGCUUGUUCAACUCCUACUGAGGAUUUCAAAUUUGACUUCCCAAGGAGAACAUUUGUUCCUUUCAAGGAUGCUUAUUCUUCUUUGUUUGACUGCUCUCCAAGAAAACAAGUUCCUGUUGGACCAGAUCAUCAGGCCAUUAUCCCCACUUGGAGUGGACACAUGAAUUUGUCGGAUCAGAAAGUUGAGAUUAAUAAUGACAGUGAGGAAAAGCUUUUAGGAACAUGUGUCAUUCCAAUGCCUGUGUCAGACCUAUCAGCACUUGAGUGUGAUAAGGUUGGACUUGGUCGAACAGAUUGUAGCUGCCUGGACGCAGGUUCAGUCAGGUGUGUGCGACAGCAUGUCAUGGAAGCACGGGAAGAACUUAGAAGAACCCUUGGAAAUGAAAAGUUUGUGAAGUUGGGGUUUUGUGACAUGGGGGAGGAAGUGGCACAACGAUGGAGUGAAGAAGAAGAGCAGACCUUUCUUGAGGUUGUUUACUCCAAUCCUGCAUCAUUGGGGAGGAAGUUUUGGAAGCAGUUGUCUGCAGUGUUCCCUUCUCGAAGUAAAAGGGAACUGAUCAGCUAUUAUUUUAAUGUGUUCAUGCUUCGCACGCGGGGUGCUCAGAACAGGUCCAGUAUACUAGACAUAGAUAGUGAUGAUGAUGAGUGGCAUGUAAACGAUGGGGGUUCCAAUGACGGGAGAAUUGCUGAAGAUGAUGAAGACUCUGUUAUUGAGUCUCCUUAUUAUCAAGAUGAUCAUUUGGACCAUGAAGAGGAUUACUCAGAAGAAGAUAGUAGCGAUGAUGAUGGCGGUGACGGUGAUGGUGAUGUGGGGCAUGUUGGAGGAGAUUCUAGCGAAGAAGAUGGCGGGAUAGAUCAUGUAGCACAAUCAUACAUGCUGAACUCAGUUAACGAAGGAAAGUUUGAUACAGUUGGGGAUUGGGAAAAGAAUUCAGCGUGUACUGGAGAGGAAUUUGAUUUCCAAGAUGACUCGUGCGUAUCUUUCGAAUUUCAGUCCUAUACGCAUGACUCUCACAGCAAAUGCUUGGAUAGCCAACCGGAUGCAUCCGGUGAUGUAGCUGGUCAUGCAUAUUUAUUGGAGCCUUGCAACGCUAAAGUUUGGGACGCCAGAUUCACGGUGGACACCAUGAAAGGCGAUGAUCUACUGCCGACGUGGAGUAUGAUUGAAGACAUAUUCGAUCAAGGCAUGGAGGAUUACAGGAUGACGGAUGAGCGCAAGGCUCCAACUGGUGGCUAG